AUGAGCCUCUUGUUCUAUUGGACUGGUAUCGUCGCCUUGAUCUUCCAGGCCUGGCUGACGUUUGCGUCGCACAGUGCCAUUCGGCACUAUUUCAUAGGAACAGCUGCUGUAUAUGUUCCAUGUUACCUCUACCCAUGGCUACGAACCUGCUUCGAGUAUGGAGUUCGAACAAAAGCUCAUAUCAAAGUGGAGGACAACGGUUUCGUCCGUGUCACUAUCCCCGCUAACUUCACAUGGGAAAUUGGACAGCACUGCUUCCUGCGCUUCACUGAUUUCGGACUUAUACAAGCCUUGUCAGCGCACCCAUUUACCAUCUGCUCCCUACCAGAAAUAUCCUCAAACGAUCAGUCAUUCCUAGUAUUUUACCUCAAGCGACAUCGAGGUUUCACAGCGAAGCUCUAUGAGUAUGCCUUACAGAACCCGGGAGCUCAAGUUUCGGUGCUGGUUGAUGGACCAUAUGGUGGCGUCAACACACAGAACCUUGUGAACAGCAACCAUCUUGUUGUCAUCGCGGGAGGGUCAGGAGCUGGCUGGACUUUGCCUUUCAUCGAGCAGUAUAUUGCGUCCCAGACACGUCGGGCCGAUGAAGAGUGUAAAGAGGGCGAAAGAGGGGGAUCUCCGUUCUCAUCACUUCACGUGAUACUGGCAAGUCGAGAUGCUGAGAGCUGCAGCUGGUAUCGACAAGUUGUGAGCGACAUGCUGCUCAACUACUCAGACAAAAUGAUAUCGGACUUGCAAGUGCAGAUCCAUCGCACCAGCGGAGGUAUAGCAGAGUCAAGCCUCCCGUCUAUCAGUAGCGUCGCGCCUGGCAACAAAGAGUCGGGAAAUGAAAGAGCGACAGAAGGUCUGAUAUCAUUUGACGAACUAUACGGGCGACCCGACUUGCCAGGAAUGCUGAAAGAGCUGGCAAGGGGUAUGAUAUCGACUGACUCGCUAGGUGUAUAUGUCUGUGGUCCGGAUACGAUGCAGAAUGAUGUUCGAAACGCUGUGGCAUCUCUCAACUUGGAUAUCCUUGGGGGUGCAGAUUCCGCGGGUGUGUACUUGCAUUCUGAACACUUCUCUUGGGCAUGA